AUGAUAGCGAAAAAUUUGGCAGAGGUUAAGGAAAGGUUUGACAAUAGAGAUAUUGAAGAAGCGAGGGGAUUUGAGGUUGAGAGAAUAUCUAAUUCUUGUCUUGUCAGCAUGGGAACGUCCCGAUUGUUAACUGUGUUUCAAAAAACUGUAUCAAAGCCAUAUAUCGACAGGCCUCAUGAAGGAAUAAUAAGCUUUAGCGUGUCUAUUGGAGGGAAGAGACAUGAGAAAUUACUGAACUUCCUUCACAAAGUGUAUACUAAGCAGAAAAGCAUUGACUUGGAAAGCCUAUGUGUUAAGCUGAAUGAAGAAGUUACAUUUAUUCACAUAGACUUAAGAAUCUUGUCAAGCGACGGAAAUAUCUACAGCCUUGCUGUCAAAGGUGUGAAUUCUGUGCUAGAAGUACUUGGAGUGAAAAUGAACUAUAUGCCUCAAUGCUUCUUCUACUGUUCGAUUGGAAAUGUGAUUGUUACUGACCCAUCUGAGGAUGAACAAAAGGAAGAAGACUGGAGCUGCAUUGUUGUAAUGAAGUCGUUCAGGGAGAUAAUUUUCCUCGAAAAGGUAGGAAAGGAAUGUGGUAUAGAACAGGUGCUUGAGGCUGUUGACAGAUCUACUGGGAAUUUUGCCAUGCGGAUUCCAGAAAUAGAGAGUGAGGAGGAAUGUGGGGGCAUUUGA